AACUUCCCUCACUCAGCACCACCCCCCGUCCCCCCCCCUCUCUUCGACUACUUUACCGUCACUUGGCGGGACCUCAAAUCUUUGUAGACGUGCAAGAUGCCCCCUAGGUCGUCUCUCACGUCUUCAUUUUCAAUCACCGAUGCGAAUAACGAGGUUGUCUGCCCGCUGCGCAAUCAGGAUGGCUCCAGCUGCCGGAAGCGCUGUAUCGGGGAGAAGCGUUACCGCUCGAUGCAGGAACAUAUCCGUCGAGCGCACCCGGAGCACUACAUCGCCAAGCUCCCCGCGACCGAGGAGAGCUUCCUGCUCAUGAUCAGCACCUCUCCGAGCGAUCGAUCCCAACCACCCCCAACCUCAGCACCGGCCCAUCAUCAGACCAAACCGCCAUCGCACAGCUUUCGAAGAGACGAAUCCAAUGGCUCCAAUACGCCACGGAGGUACGACGAUUAUUCUGGGGGCGCCAUGCUCCCCGCCGCCGCGGCGCUCGCUCAGCUACAUAACCAUAAGAGCGAUUCAGGUUGGGAUUCGGAUGUGGAAUGGCACUCGGACACGGAAGGGGUUAGGCGGCCCAGGUCAUCAGUCGAGUUGCCCCCAAUACAUCUAGCAACGGCGGACAUCAUCACCAGUGCGCCCCUCCCCGGUCUCGGUUCCGGCAGGCAGCGCGAUCUGCUGCCUUCCAUCAUGGCCCAUUCGCCUCCUGGCCGCUCAUCCACGCUCCCUCCGCUUCACAGGCCUCUGGGCCUCACUCGGCCGCGAAAGCAGUCCAUCUCCAAGAGAGCACACCAUAGGAGGAGGUCUAAAGGAGGACCGGACUGGCUCCGUCGGAUCCAGAAUGACGGUAAUUCUGACCUGCUAAAACCCGGAGGCCUAGACAGAAAGGCCCUCUCUGCUGAACCGGCGACAGAGUAUGGUAAGCGCUGGGAGGAUUUGAUCGAUGCAGCGGCUUCGGCAACGGAAGACAUAGAUGAGGACAGAACUCCAAUGCCCCGAUCGCCUGUGUCCAUCCAGAGGUCGUCUCUGCCGCCCUUCACCCAACACGCUGUUUCAAAUUACCAAGCAUCCCCUCUCCAACGAGCCCUCACCCCUCCGACAUACAUUCCCGAAGCUCCCGAACCGUUCCCGUCGGUCGAGAGCGGCGAAAGCGGAGACACGUUCCAUAUCGACUCGCGGGGGUUAACGUCUGAUUCGUCCCCGAGCUACUCGUCCCAAAACACGCAGAUCUACUGCGCCGCCUGCCAAGGCAUCUCGCUACUUAGGGAGUCAUACGCCUGCACCGAGUGCAUUUGCGGCCUCUGUCAGGCUUGUGUUGAUGUUCUGAUGGGCGAGCAAGGCGCGCGCAGGAAGUGCCCACGGUGCGCCACGAUCGGGGGCCGCUUCAAGCCAUUUCAGCUCGACAUUCGGUAGUCACCGGUCGCCUCUUUCACUAACUGGACUCUUGAACAAGAUUCUGCCCCCUUCACCGCUUUACUACUCAAUUUUUUCUUAUCCCGCACCUAUUUUUUUUCCUCCUAUGCCUCUCUUAGCA